AUGGUUCCUGGACAUGCAACCUCUAUAAGGGAGCCUAUAACAUCUGCUUUGAGAAAGGGAAAGCUCUAUAAAGUAAGUACCUCUUCAUCUCCAUCAAUGGUUGCUAGUAAUGUAAAAAUUCUUGAACCCUCUACUGUUGUCAAGAAACCUCAUUCGAUGACUAGCAUGUACCUUGAUCCUAUUAAUGUCGAACGUAAUGUUGAUGCUUUUGCAAAAUAUCCUAUUGCCCUAAAUGUUAUGGAAAAUGUUGAAACCUCUAAAAACACUAAUAAACCUAGAUCUGUUACUACUUUGACUAAAUCUAGCAUGAUUUUUGUUGAUAGAGAUGACAUAGAUAAGAAUAUUCGUAUGUUGAUAUCUCAAGUUUUGGGUAUUGAACCUGAGACUGAAGACAAAGAAGAUUUUGAUGGCAUGUCUAGUGAUUUAGCUGACAAAGAAGAAAACUUUGUAGAGAAGAAGGAUCAAUCUACAUACAUAGUGAAUAUAUAUGAUAUGGACUCUGAUGAUGAGCCCAUUAGUAAAAGACUGGCACCAGGAAUAACUAAAAGGUUAAAGAACAGAAAAGGAUGGAGAAAGGUAGUUACUCCUAUUUCCAAGAAGAAACCUCCUAAGAGGAAGGAAGUCCUUUAUGGGUCUAGUGAAUCUGACCAUGAUGUCGAACACAAUGUUCAAGAUAUCAUUCCUGCUACAAGAAAGCAAGCUUCUGGGAAGAAGAUUCCAGCAAAUAUUCCUGAAGUUCCAAUUAAUAACAUCUCCUUUCACUAUGUGGAUAAUGUAGAAAAAUGGAAAUUUGUUUACCAAAUAAGACUAGAGCUGGAAAGAGAACUUGGGAAAGAUGCUUUUGAAUGCAAAAAAGUGACGAGUCUGAUUGAAGAAGUUAGAUUAAUGAAAAGUGUAACUGGCUUUGGUAGGUGUUUUAAAAUGCUUGUUAAAGAAUUCAUUAUGAAUAUCUCUAAGGAAUGUGAUAACAAGAGUAGCAAGAAGUUUAGAAAAAUGUAUGUAAGAGGAAGGUGUGUGGAUUUCUCUUCUGAAAUCAUAAACAUGUUUUUGGGCAGAAAUGAAGAAGAACAAGCUGAAGUGGAAGUUUUUAACAAUGUCAUUUGCAAAGAGAUUACGGCUAAACAAGUGAAGGAAUGGGAAACAAAAGGGAAGUUGUCAGCAAGUUACUUGACUGUGAAGUAUGUAGUACUUCACAGAAUUGGAGUUACUAAUUGGGUGUCAACUAAUCAUACUUACACCAUUGCUAUAAAAUUGGAUAUUCUCAUGACAUCUGACCAGAAACCUUUCAGGUCUACUACUAGAGCAGGGAUCCUUGUUGGCUGA